AUGACUAGGAUCAAUGUGGCAAUGGUGUGUGAUUUCUUUUAUCCACAGUUAGGAGGUGUGGAAUUCCAUAUAUACCAUUUGUCCCAGAAGUUAAUCGAAUUAGGUCAUUCGGUUGUGAUAAUUACUCAUGCAUAUGGUGAUAGAAAAGGCGUUAGGUAUUUGACAAAUGGUUUGAAGGUAUAUUAUGUUCCAUACUUAGUGUUAUACAGAGAAACUACGUUUCCAACUGUGUUCGCUAGUUUCCCAAUAAUUCGAAACAUAUUGCUGAGGGAGCAGAUCCAUAUUGUUCAUUCACAUGUUAGUGUUUCUACGCUGGCCCAUGAAAGUAUAUUACAUGCUAAUACGUUGGGAAUCUAUACUGUUUUCACCGAUCACUCUUUAUAUGGCUUUGACAGUAUAGGGUCAAUUCUGGUUAAUAAGCUUCUAAAAUUUACCCUUACAUGCGUCGACCACACGAUAUGCGUCUCUCAUACUUGUAAGGAAAAUAUGGUUCUUAGAGCGGAUCUGGAGCCCGACCAAAUAUCUGUUAUACCGAAUGCCGUUGUUAGCAAGGACUUUAAGCCUCGAAGCAACAACGUAUUCCGCACCAAAGAUUGCAUUACAAUUGUUGUUAUAUCUAGGCUAUUUCCAAAUAAGGGCGCAGAUUUACUCACGCACUUAAUUCCCAGAGUGUGUGCUUUGCAUAAAAGAGUGGAAUUUAUCAUAGCGGGCGAUGGCCCGAAUUUUGUAGAUUUCCAACAAAUGAUUGAAUCUUUCAGGUUACAAGAACGAGUCCAACUACUGGGUGCCGUUAAUCAUGAAGAUGUAAGAGAUGUGAUGUGUUUGGGGGAUAUAUAUUUGCAUGCUAGUUUGACUGAGGCCUUUGGGACCGUCCUAGUGGAAGCAGCGUCCUGCGGUUUGCUGAUUGUAACUACGAAAGUUGGAGGUAUCCCAGAGGUUCUGCCAGAGCAUAUGACUGUAUAUGCCUCGGAAACCUCGGUAUCGAGUUUAGUUGAAGCUACUAGUACUGCUAUCCAGCUGCUUAAUAGUUUUGAAGUCGAUACUUCAUCCUUCCAUUCUGAUAUACGACAAAUGUACGACUGGCUAGAUGUUGCCAGGCGUACGGUGGAGGUUUACAAGACAGUGCGUUCGCAGCCGACUAACAAAAACUGGAUUGCAAUGCUAGAAAAGUUUUAUAAAAGGGAUAAUGUUUGGGCAAGGACAUUAUUUGUACUAUGUUGCGUCACAGAGUACAUACUGUGGUAUAUAUUAGAAUGGUGGGCUCCCAGAAGCGAAAUAGAUAUUGUACCAAAGUGGCCCGCCAAAUCUUCCAUCCAUAGCUAG